AUGGCAACAAUUACUGAGACCGAUGGAAAACAUGUAGAGAAAAAUUUAUCUAAGGAUGUUGAAAACAAAGAUGUCACAGUGGCAAAUGUGAAAGUUGUAGAAGAAAAUGGAGAACCAAAGAAAGAGGAUGUGCAUGAAAACGAUGGAGUGGUGACUGAGAAUACAAAGAAUGUAGCUGAAGAAAUGAAAGAGGUGGUGAAGAAGGAGGAAAAUGGAGCUGAAAAGGGUGAUGUUUCACCAUCUCCUAAUGUUGAGAGGAGUUCUUCUAAGAAAGAGAGCAACUUCCUCUCUCAUUUGAGAGUGCAUGAGAAGAAGGCUUUGGUCAAGCUGAGAAUGAAGAUUGAGGAAGUUAUUCGUGGGAAGGCAGGGACUGAGAAUACGAAGAAAGAUUAUGAAAGAUUGGAGAAGACAGAUGAAGCUGAAAAAAAAGCUGUUUCAUCACCACCUCCUACAAUUGAGACGAGUUCUUCAUUCAGAGAAGAGAGCAACUUCUCUUCUGAUUUGAAAGAGAGUGAGAAGAAUGCAUUGUCUCAGCUGAGAAUGAAGGUUGAGGAAGCAAUUCAUGGGAAUACUUUAUUGAAGGGGAAGAAAGAGAAAAUUGAAUCACAAGCAAAUGCAACAUCAUUGGAAAAAGAGAGCAAAGAUAAAGAGAAACAAGAAGAAGAGAGUGACAAUAAUGUUAAAGAAGAAAAAGCUGAGAACAAUGAUGCCAAAGAGAGCAAAGAGUCAAAGCAAGAUACUGAAGAAAAGAAGAAACUCACAGAAGAGGCCGCAAAGGAAAGCACCCAUGUGGCUGUUGAGGAAGAAAAGGUUAUUGUUGACGAGGAUAUUGCUCUUUGGGGUGUACCAUUAUUGCCUAGCAAAGCAGACACUGCCACUGAUGUAAUACUAUUGAAGUUCUUGAGGGCUAGAGAGUUCAAGGUCAAUGAGGCAUUUGAAAUGUUAAGGAAUACACUUCAGUGGAGGAAGGAAAACAAUAUCGAUUCGAUCUUGAAUGAGAAUUUUGACGAUGAUUUUGAAUCCCUUGCUUACAUUAAUGGUGUGGAUCGCCAAGGCCACCCAGUGUGCUACAACAAUUUUGGGUUGCUUGGAGAUAAUGAGAUGUACAACAAGAUACUUGGGACCCAAGAAAAGCGUGAAAAGCUUUUGAGGUGGAGGAUUCAGCUGAUGGAGAAGGGGAUUCAGAAGCUUGAUUUCAAACCUGGGGGUGUGUGCUCAAUGCUCCAAAUCAUUGAUCUUAAGGACUCUCCAGGUCCCUCAAGGAAGGAGUUUAGGCUUGCUGCCAGACAAGUGAUUGUGACCCUCCAAGACAACUAUCCUGAAUUUGCUGCAAAAAAUGUAUUCAUCAAUGUCCCUUUCUGGUAUUACGCCUUUAGUGCUCUCCUCUCACCCUUCUUAACCCAAAGAACCAGGAGCAAGUUUGUCUUCGCUCGCCCGGCUAGAGUUUCAGAAACCUUAUUGAAGUACAUUGCUGCUGAGGAAGUUUUUGUCCAUAAUGGUGGGCUUAAGCAGGAAAAUGAGUCUGAGUUCUCAGCUGAAGAUCCUGUUAGGGAAGUUUUCGUCAAGGCAGGAUCAAAAGAAAAUAUUGAGAUCCCAGUAUUAGAGGCUGGAACUACUUUAAUCUGGGACGUGAUUAUCUUGGGCUGGGAAGUGAAUUACAGGGAGGAAUUUUUACCAAGCGAUGAGGGAUCAUAUGGCCUUAUCAUUCAAAGAGACAGGAAGCUGGGUGUACAAGAGUCUUCGAUUCGCAACUCUUUUAAGAACAAGGAACCAGGAAAAGUUGUGAUCAUUGUUGAGAAUUCAUCACUCAAGAAAAAACGUGUUCUCUACCGAUACAAGACCAAGAAUAGCUCCUCUUGA